GGGCACGUACCGUACGGGCAGCGACUGCCAGAUACCCGGACAUACAUACUCGUACUUAUAGCUGAAACGUCGUUGCGUUUCUCAGUUGUGAGCAGACCGAGCGGUCUGUCGGUCACAUUGUCCAUAGCAUUUAGCUCUGCAAUAAGGAAGACAGAGUCUCUGCGGAGCUAUGGAUAAUCCUGCUUAUGUGAUCGAUUGCGAGCGCGAGUUCGCCAUUGGAGGUGGAGGUGGCCUGGAGAAGCCCGAGAAGCAGGCAGAGAAGCCCAGGCCACACAGCUUCGAGGAGGCUAUCACGAUGACGGAAGUCGGGCGCUUCCACUACAAGCUGCUGCUCAUCUGCGGCCUCUGCUUCAUGUCCGUGAUGGUGGAGAUCAUGGGCGUCAGUCUGAUCAUGAACCAGAUGAAGUGCGACCUCCAGCCUACGCUUAACCAACAGGGAAUCUUGGCCUCGGCGGGAUUUCUGGGCGUGGUGCUUAGCUCACAUGGCAUGGGCUUCCUCGCGGACACCUGGGGCAGGGUGACCACUCUCCGGUAUGCCCUCUUUCUCGCCGCCGUUUGCUCGAUUGUGUCGGGCUUCUCAGUGAACAUUUGGAUGCUGAUCGUCUUCCGAUUCCUCACGGGCUUCUUCAUCUCCGGAGGUCAGGCCUGUGUCUUCAGCUUAUGCGGGGAGUUCCAUGGCAGCGGUUCGAGGGUGCGGCAUGUGACCCUGCUCUCGGGCUUUCUCUGUUUAUCCAUGAUCUUUGCACCAGCCAUGGCCAUCGGCAUUCUCCCUAUUCGUAUCGAAACCAUUGUCCUGGGCAUGCGCUUCUCCUCGUGGCGCGUGCUGCUCAUCGCCAACGUUUCCAUCUCGCUGCUUGCCCUCGUGGGCCUCUCCACCUUGCCUGAGACGCCCAAGUACAUGCUGGUUCAGGGCCAGGGCGAGGCAGCCUUGGAAACCCUUAAAAUCAUGUUUACCCAGAACACGCGCAAGCCUUGCUCCGAGUACCCUGUCCGGGAGAUUGCACUGGAGAGCGGCGGGGCCAGUCUGUCGGAUGUCCACGGACUGGGCGACGCCGUGCGACUCGUGUGGCGCCAGACAGUGCCGCUCUUCUAUCGCUCCAGGGUGGUGCACACACUGAACAUCUGCACGAUCCAGUUCCUCAUCUACGGCAUGGCGCAGGGCAUCUUCAUGUGGUUCCCCACUAUUCUUGAUGAGCUGGGAUCGCGGGGCGGACAGGCAACGCUGCUCUGCCAAGUGCUGGAAGAGUUUGAUGCGCAGGAUACGCAGGAAGGCGGGGACGCUGCACAGGCCUGUGCCAUGGAGGUCGACACAAAUACAUACCAGGUGAUGAUCAUCAUUGGGGCCUCGUUCACAGGGAUCUAUCUGGUAUUCGCCUACAUCAUCGAUUAUACGGGGAAGAAGAACCUAUUAAUGGGGUGGAUGGCUCUGACGAUGAUCUGCCUGGUGGGCCUGCACUAUGUGGAGCAGUUCGCUCUUGUGGUAAUCGGCCUGACCGUGGUCAUGGCCAUCGGGAACUGCGGCGGUCUGGUGAGCACCAUCGCCAUGGAGUUCUAUCCCACGAACAUCAACGCCAUGGGCAUGUGCUUUAUCAUGAUGGUGGGUCGCCUCGGGGCGGUGGUUGGCAGCAAUGUGUUGGGUCGUCUGCUCUUCUCCAGCUGCGACACCGUGUUCUGGGCUCUGCUCGGUCUAGUCAUCUUCCUCUGCAGCCUGGGCUACUUCCUGCCCGAGAAGCCGCGUCCCAAGAGAGUGACGACGCCGACGCCGACGCCCUCAGCAACGGCAACGGCCAUAGUGACGGCCACAACGACGCCGAUCUUGGCAAUUAGCUCUAAGUAGGAUUAGUUUAUACCCAUUAAGAGGAACAGUAAAG